AUGUCUCCACAACACAUAUCAACCCGCGCCGCUGCCGCACCCUCCACCGCCGUCUCCGCCACCGCCACAUCCGCCACCGUCGCUGCAACAUCCGCCGCAGCCUCCACAGCCAUCGCUGCUGCGGCGGCGGCAGCGCCUGCCGCCGCAGCAGCACCCCCCGCUGCAGCCGCCUCUCCCAUUAGCACCCCCAGCAUCGCCGCCCAAGAUAACCAGUCCGCCAUCUUUUGCGACACGGCUUUUGUAGCCUUUGCCUUUUUUGAAGUCGCCGUAAGCUGGUCGAGGAGGUGGAUUGGCAAUCGCAGUAUUGAUGCGCAAGGCCGUGGGAGCGGUGGCUGGAUGGUCCGCUGCCCCGCUCCUUUUGCGGCGGCCGCGGUUGCAGAGGCAACACAGCAUCAGAACAGCUAUGGGUCUCCACAACACAUAUCAUUACCCGCCACCGCCACCACACCCCCCGCCGCCGCCGCCGCCCCCACCACCGCCGCCUCAGCAGCCUCCGCCUCCGCCCCCACCGCCGCCGCCGCAGCCGCCUCCGCCUCCGCCCCCACCGCCGCCGCCGCAGCCUCCUCCGCCUCCGCCGCAUCCACCCCCAGCAACGCCGCCCCCUCCGGCGCCCAAGAUAACCAGUCCGCCAUCUUUUGCGACGCGGCUUUUGGAGCCUGUGCCUUUUUUGACGUCGCCGUAAGCUGGUCGAGGAGGUGGAUUGGCAGUCGCAGUACUGCUGCGCAUGGCCGUGGGAGCGGUGGCGGGACGGUCCGCUGCCCCGCUCCUUUUGCGGCGGCCGCGGUUGCAGAGGCAAGACAGCAUCAAAAGUUCAAAACAGCUAUGGGUACAGAAGCGCAAACUAUAUAUGAGCGCUAG